AUGGCGAAGUUUGAGGAGGGGACUGAGAGCGAAAUCGCACAUUACUAUAACGACAUUGAGACUAUGAGGCUUGUGAACGCAAUGGCGAAUAUAAUUGGAAUCCCUGUAGAGGAGGUAUGGGAGGCUUAUGGUGGCUUCCUCAUCCAAUUCACUAUGGAAACAGGAUGGGAUGAGCUGUUGAGAGCUAUGGCAAGAGAUUUGGAAACGUCGUCAAAGCAUUUCUUGAUAAACAAGGAACUGAAUUGUGAACACUGCACCAAGAAGCAUUUACAUCUACGCAAAACUGAGAGCUGA